GAUAAUAUGAGAGAAAAAACUGAAAUAAUUUAGAUGUGUAAAGAGGAGAUAAAAAUUCUAGAAGAAUAGCAUGUAGUCUGAGUGAUGUGUUAUCGUUGCAUACAUCUUGUACUUUCUGAGCCUCAGUGAAUAUAUUAUCGUUGCUGAAUCUCAUUUAAAUUUAAGUAAAUAAUAAUUUAAAUCUACAAAAUAUCCGAAAAUUACAUUAAUCUUUUUUUAAUUAAAAACGAGAAUAUGAGAAAUCACCAUUUUGGUAAACCCAAAACCAAAGAAGCAUCAAACCAGACAAAGUGUUGGUGCGUGUCAGAUCUCUCUCGACCUCUGCAAAGUGUUGGUGCGUGUCAGAUCUCUCUCGACCUCUGCUGAAUGAAAGAGAAAAGUGUAAACAUGUCAACUGAUAAAUAAUCCCAAUAUUCAUCUCAGUUCACUUUUAUCUCUUUCUCUUUCUUCUCUUCUCUACUGUUAUAUACUAAAACUAUUUAUCUCUGUAACUUGCCAAUGUCUGAAGCAAUAGCUAGUAGGGACCCUGCCAUUAAACUCUUUGGUCGGACUAUUCACUUGCCCCUUUUUCCGGCGCCGGCGCCGGAAAAUACCGGAUAUUAUUGUUCCUCAGCUGGAGAAAAUGAACAAAAACACGAGGAUCAGUGUGAUGAUUAUAAUGAUAUCAAUGAACAUUCGACUAAUAAGGAUUUACAGGAUCAGAAUCCAAUUCAACAGAAAUGUGAUAUUACAAAAGAGUUACCUGAUUAUUAUGACUGUUCAACAGCCAAAACGUCAAAAAGUGAAGAGGAACAGGAUGAAACAAGCAACUCACAGGAAAGAAACCUUAAAAAAACAGACAAAAUACUUCCAUGUCCUCGCUGCAAUAGCAUGGAAACAAAAUUUUGUUACUUCAAUAAUUAUAAUACUAGCCAGCCUAGGCACUUCUGCAAGAAUUGUCAGAGAUAUUGGACUGCUGGUGGGACUAUGAGGAAUGUGCCUGUAGGUGCUGGUCGUCGAAAACACAAGAACUCAGUUUUGCAUGACAGUUACAGUUCUGUUUCUGAAGCACUAUCAAAAGCAAGAACAAAUUUUCCUAAUGAAACCCAGCAACCUCCUCUCACGAUCAGUGGAACUAUUCUUACAUUUGAUACUGACAAACCCCUAUCGGAGUCGAUGGUUUCAGCUUUGAACGUUUCUGAUAAAACUAUGCAGAAUUAUUCUGGGAAUGGGUUCCGCAAAUAUAAAGAGCUUGGAAUUCAAGCUGGAGAUAAAGGAGAUGAUCUUUCCGAUGGAUCUUCAGUUACUGUUGUAAGUUCGAAGGAUAGUGAUAAUGGGUUGCCUGACACACUAAGGCAGAAUUGUAACAGCUUUUCAAAUCAUUUACCUUGCUUUUCUGGAGCUCCUUGGCCAUACAUAUGGAGUUCUGUGCCCUGUAGAAAUGUAGUACCUCCACCUGGUUAUUACUCUCUUCCUGGCAUUCCUGUGUCAUUGUUCCCCGCAACCACUUAUUCGGGUUGUACAAUACUUGGUUCUUGGAAUGUCCCUAAGAUGCCCCCACCCACUGCAUCCCAAAACCAAGUGCCUCUAACUUCUGGUCCUAAUUCUCCAACUUUUGGGAAACAUUCAAGGGAUGAGAAUGUGCUGAAUUCGAUGGGCACUGAGGAAGAGCCACGAAAAGAGAGUAAUCCUGGGAGGCGCAUAUGGUUUCCUAAAACAUCGCGAAUUGGUGAUCUAGGAGAAGCAGCAAAGAGUUCUAUCUGGGGAACAUUGGGAAUAAAGCAUGAGGUAGUUGAUUCAGUUGGUGGAGGUCUUCUCAAAGCCUUUCUUCCAAGGAGUGAUGAGAGGAACUGUGUUUCAGAGACCUCUACUUUAUUACAAGUCAAUCCAGCAGCAAUAUCUAGGUCAUUAAAUUUUAAUGAGAGCUCCUAAACAGUUGUGUUGGUAAGCUUGUAUAAAUGUUAUAAAUGGUGGUGGCAAGACAGGAGUUAUUCAGCUGAUUAAGCUUCUCAGCAGUUAUGUGCCGCUGUCAUUUCCUUAAUUUGAUCCCUUCUUCUUUACCUUCACAGAGUCCAGAGUUGGUCUAGAUGUAGACUCAAUUUUUCUUCUUACAAAAUUAGAGUAGAGCAAUCUAGCUACUAGUUCCCUCAUUCUUGUGUGAGUGAGGCCGGUGUCUUUUGUCAUCAACUUUCUUACUCGAUGUGUAUAUUUAUGUUUGAGAAAGUGACACACACACUAGAGUCACUGUGUGAUAAUUGUCGUAUUGUAUGCUUCAAGUUCUACUAUAAUGCACCACUAUGAAUGGAGCGUCACUACGCAUAGACUGAAA